AUGACUUACAACAUGACCUUUAUUGUGAAACUUCAUAGACAUUUUCAACGAACAGUUAUAUUGCUGGCUACAUUUUGUAUGGUGAGCAUUGUUAUUUCAGCAUAUUAUUUGUACAGUGGCUACAAACAGGAAAAUGAACUUUCCGAGGUUCCUUCAGAGGUGGAAUGUGGAGAACUUCCAGUCUUCCUGCCCUACAAGCUACCACCAUGGAAGACUCUUAAGCCUAUAGACCCCUUACGGACUGAUCCUGUGGUACUGGUGUUUGUGGAAAGCCAGUAUUCAGCACUUGGUCAAGACAUCAUAAUGAUUUUAGAAUCCAGCAGAUUUCAGUAUCAUAUAGAGAUUGCUUCUGGAAAAGGUGACCUUCCUGUGCUUAUAGAUAAAAAUAAAGGCAAAUAUGUUCUCAUAAUAUAUGAAAAUAUUUUUAAGUAUGUGAAUAUGGAUUCUUGGAAUCGAGGCCUUCUAGAUAAAUACUGUGGAGAAUAUGGUGUAGGUAUGAUUGGGUUUCAUAAGAGCAGUGAGAACACACUGCAGACUUUUCAGUUAAAAGGUUUUCCUUUCCACAUUUAUGGAAAUGUGGGUGUUAGGGACUGUUGCAUCAAUCCUCAUUCUCCACUGCUCCAUAUGACAAAAUCGUCUAAGUUUGACAAAGGUUCUUUGCCUGGAAAUGACUGGACAGUUUUCCACAUAAAUCAUUCAACCUACCAACCUGUUAUAUUUGCAAAAGUAAAAGCUCCUGAAAACCUUUCUCCACCUAUCAUUAAAAGUGCUCUCCAUGCAACUGUGGUUCAUGACUUGGGUCUUCAUGAUGGCAUUCAACGUGUUCUUUUUGGCAACAACUUGAAUUUCUGGCUGAACAAGCUCAUCUUUAUUGAUUCGGUUUCAUUCUUGACUGGAAGGAAGCUUACAUUGUCGCUGGAUAGAUAUAUUCUUGUUGACAUAGAUGACAUCUUUGUUGGAAAGGAGGGAACAAGGAUGAAGGCCAAUGAUGUUCAGGCUCUGCUUGAUACUCAGAACCUUCUGAGAGCUCAAAUCACAAAUUUCACUUUCAACCUGGGAUUUUCAGGGAAAUUUUACCACACAGGAACUGUAGAAGAAGAUGAAGGUGAUGACAUACUACUGGGAUCUGUGGAUGAAUUUUGGUGGUUUCCUCAUAUGUGGAGCCACAUGCAGCCUCAUCUCUUCCAUAAUGAAUCAUCACUGGUGGAGCAAAUGAUUCUCAACAAAAAAUUUGCCUUAGAACAUGGCAUUCCAACUGAUAUGGGUUAUGCAGUAGCUCCACACCAUUCUGGUGUCUAUCCUGUUCACGUUCAGCUUUAUGAUGCCUGGAAGAAAGUCUGGAAUAUCAAAAUCACCAGCACAGAAGAGUAUCCACAUCUGAAACCUGCACGGUACAGAAGGGGUUUCAUCCACAAAAACAUCAUGGUUCUUCCUCGGCAAACAUGCGGUCUUUUUACUCAUACAAUUUUCUACAAGGAGUAUCCUGGUGGUCCCAAAGAACUAAACAAAAGUAUACAGGGAGGGGAACUGUUUUUCACAGUGGUUCUUAAUCCAAUCAGUAUCUUCAUGACCCACUUGUCUAACUAUGGAAAUGACCGCUUGGGUUUGUACACCUUUGUCAACUUGGCCAAUUUUGUUCAGAGUUGGACUAACCUGAAGCUGCAGACCCUGCCUCCAGCCCACCUGGCUCACAAGUACUUUGAGCUCUUCCCUGAGCAAAAAGAUCCUCUGUGGCAGAACCCUUGUGAUGACAAGCGGCACAGAGAUAUCUGGUCUAAAGAAAAAACUUGUGAUCGUUUACCAAAAUUCCUGGUUAUUGGACCCCAGAAAACUGGCACAACAGCUUUGUAUUUGUUCCUGAUUAUGCAUCCUUCCAUCAUUAGUAACUCCCCCAGCCCCAAAACCUUUGAGGAGGUACAGUUCUUUAAUAGAAAUAACUACCACAGGGGGAUUGAUUGGUAUAUGGAGUUCUUUCCUGCACCAUCCAAUGUCACCACAGAUUUCCUCUUUGAGAAGAGUGCCAACUAUUUCCAUUCUGAGGAAGCCCCUAAACGAGCAGCUUCUUUGAUCCCCAAAGCAAAAAUAAUCACCAUUCUCAUUGACCCAUCAGAUCGAGCAUACUCCUGGUACCAGCAUCAACGAUCGCACAAAGACCCUGCGGCUCUAAAGUUCACCUUCUAUCAAGUGAUCACUGCUGGGCAUCAUGCUACAACAGAGCUUAAGGCUCUGCAGAAGAAAUGUCUGGUACCUGGGUGGUAUUCCACCCAUAUAGAAAGAUGGCUAACAUACUUUCCACCUUAUCAGUUACUAAUUAUUGAUGGACAGCAGCUGAGAAACGACCCAGCUAUUGUGAUGGACGAAGUGCAGAAGUUCCUGGGAGUUACACCUCAUUAUAAUUACUCAGAAGCCCUAACGUUUGAUUCGCACAAAGGCUUCUGGUGUCAACUCCUGGAAGAAGGAAGAACCAAAUGUCUUGGAAAGAGCAAAGGCAGAAAAUAUCCUCCAAUGGAUUCUGAGUGCAGGGCUUUUCUGUCAAGCUACUACAGAGAUCACAACGUGGAACUGUCAAGGCUCCUGCACAAAUUGGGACAACCCCUGCCAUCAUGGCUGAGACAAGAACUACAGAAAGUGAGAUAGCACUGAAAACGCUUCUUGAAAGAGCUUUUCGUCACUUCAAAUAUCACCGCACCUAAAGUCUCCACUAGCUACCAGGAAGCUCUUGGGAAAUAUAUCUCUUCAAAAGAGAACAAAAGCAUUAGGUUUCUGCCAUAUACUGGCAAGUAGACUUUGACAGGUACGUGCAUGUGUCUCACAACAGGAGGCGACAGUAUUUCAUAACCAUUUCUGGAUUUAUGGAAUUAAUAUAAGGCACAAUCUACCAGGAAGUUCUUCUGUGGCAGCCCCAUUAAAAUGAAUGGGAGCUGUACAGUAGUGUUCAGGUAGCUUUUAUGCCCUGGCCCAGGAGGAUUUCCUGUGGAUUGUGCCUGUGGACUGCUGAGCACCCACACAGCAGUUCAUAGCAACUGGUCUUUAGACUUUAACAUCAAUGCUGCACAAAUAAAUAUUUACAGUUUUCUAUAUUAUAUACAUAUCAGUUUAAGAAUAUUGUCUCAUGUCAGUUUUGUAGCCCAUUGUCUGCCUGCUCAGUUUUCAAACGGUUUGAUUACAAUGAUGUGUCUUAUAUUUUUAAAAAAAGAGAAAAGAUGUGGCAUAAAAUGCCAGAUGUAUUUCCUCUGAUUUCAAACUGUCGGGAACUACUAGGAAAAAUUAUGGAUCAGUGUGGUUAUAUUAUUUCACCCAGUGACUCCAGAAAUCUGGGGUCACACUAUGGCACUGACGUCCUCUGCUGAUCAGACGACUGUCUCCAGUGGGGAGGGGUGCCUCAACCAACUGUCCAUCCACUCACACUGAACUUUACAGAUGUGGCCAUUGCUGAUUUGGUGGAUCUCAAGAUCAGGGCCAGAACUGCACAGCUAACUGUGGUUGCUAGCUAGGUGCAGAAGAUUUCCCCCAGACUUCUCUUGUGCAUUUCAAUCAGACUGUGCUGGACAAAGGCCCUUGGCUGCUGUAAGGACAAUACUCUGGGUGACUUCCAGAUCUUUGGCACAGCAGCACUCACUUGUCGGAAGCUCCUUCCAUGAACAGAAAGAGGCAUUCACACUCAUGCAAGGAUUACUGCUCGUAAAAGGACUUGCUGUAUGAGCUCAGCUUCCCUUCUGUGAACAGCAGGAACUUCUGACAAUAGAGCACUGCUGUGCCAACAGUCUGGAUGCCACCCUCAGAGUUGGCAUUAAAAGACAUUGAUAAUUUCAUUUGCAUACAACAAACAAGAGCAAGUAGGUUGUACAAAGGAACAUUCAAAGUUGUUCAUUAUUAUUUGUGAGAUGGGGAAGGCAUCAUGGCAGUCUUUUGAUACUAGCUGAACUGCAUUAAAAACUUUUUUUCCCCAACUGCCUGAAAUUGGAAAAGAUUCAGCAGACCUACAACGGGGUGGGGGUGGGGGAGUAUAAUAAAAAUGGCAGGUUCACAUCUGAAUUAUUUUAUUUACACCACAAUUUGUUCUCCAUGUGUGAAUCCAUGUUGCAGAUUUCUUAGGCACUAUUACAUCAAAUUUGUAAUCAGUCUUAUUUCAACAUGCAUCGACUAAAAAAGUUCACAAGCCAAGUAAAUCUGUUAUUACAAACAUUUGCAAUUAAAAUGAUAAACCAAGCUAAUCCAAAACUAAUACAAAGAAAAACAACUAUGCCGUUGGUAUGGAAGAUGUAUGCACACUGAACUUUAGAAGCUCUUGAUUAAAAUUUCUGAAAGUGCUUAGCAAUCAAUGACUGAUGUUUUUUUGACUAGAAAGUCUAAAUGUGUAGAAAAAGCUAGUUGAUAUUGCAAGCCAAGUUUAUGCUGUUUGGCUCCAUGUACAUCAAAAACUAUAUGGAUAGAUCUCUAACAAGUAUACCCAAAUAAGACAAUUAUUCUGUACUGUUAUUUUAAAUAUGGUUUACUGUGUGUGUAUUUAUAUAUAAAGAUUGGUCCAGCCAGAGUUAACUUUUCAGUUCCACUGAUGGAAAGGCUCUGUGCAUACUUAAAUAUCUCCUGAUGCAAUCAGUGGGACUUAAAAUUGCUUACCUUUGGCUAUACUGUGCCCACAAUUUAGAAAGCACUACAUGGAUAAGGUAGCCUCUUUUGCCAUUAGCCCCGAUUCAUACAUUUUCAGUAAUUUAUUAACUGGGUAAAAACAAAUCCUUUAUUCAGUAAGGACGUACAAGAACUUCUAUUGUAGCUCAGACAUUUCCGAUUUAUAGACAAAAGUAAAAUUGUAUUUCAAUAUGUCACCCACCACAUAUAUGCAGUAUCCUUGUUAUCUAUAAUGGGUUUUCUGCAAUAUGGUGGCCACUUUGUUCCUUACCCUACCACAAGGAGCUGUAAUAACUUCUUGUGAAACACUGGUUUUCAAACUUCAACCAAGGAAAGGCUAUCAUUUUAUUAAUGGAAGCCAAGCUUCCUUGGAGAACAAGUUGCUUGCGGCUCCCUAUCUUCUACAAAGUUCAGACACAGGAAUUUUGGGUGUGUUCUAGGUCAUACUUUCAAUUCACAAGGGAAAAUGGUGAGAGCCAAGAGGACUGGCCAGUGCCCAAGUAAACAGAUUGUAUGCCCUUAAAAAUGCCCCUGGAUAUUCUGCAGUGUGCACUGGCAGACAUGUAAAUGUUCUUCAGCAGGCAACACUAUGGCAGGGGUGUAGUUAAGGGAGAGAGGGCCUGUACCCCUCUCCAUGGCAGCCUCUAGGAGGGAGGGAGAUAAUAAAAAAAAUAGGGAGGGGUGGAUCUGGGAGGCCCUCAGGAGCUGGGGGCCAGGGUUCUCUGAACCCAUCCGCUCAAUUAUAGCUACACCCCUGCACUAUGGCCCUUUUCAGACAUUCUACUGAAUGUCCAUGGCAGGGGUGGGGGGCGGUUAGAAUCAUGGAAGCAAGUCAUAUGACUGUAUGCACAGAGGACUUUCUGGAAGAGAGCUAACCAAUAUGAUUCAUAUGCAGAGACUCUCUGCCACCAAAAUGAACAUAUGUCUGUGGCUAUGAUUUCACUCCUCCCACCCACCCACUAUACACGCUCAUUAGAGCAGGGGGUUCACAAUCUUGUGCCCUAGAUAUUCUUGGACUACAAUUCCCAUGAUCCCCAGCCACAAUGGCCUUUCGCUAUUGUGGCUAGAGAUGACGGAGUUGUAGACCAAAAGCAUAUGGAGACCCAUCAUUGGGAACUCCUGUUCUAAAGGGUCUAAUGUUGAAUGGUUCCCAAAAGGCAGAAAGUUUGAAAAUCACAGGUCUAAAGCAUCCAGAAAUUCAGACAGAUAUUCAAUACUUCUUUUUUGCUUAAGUGACAGUACAGACCAUUCCAGUAUAAACCUUAGAGACUUACCCAGAAUUUCAUGGAUAUGACUUGGGAAGUUAGAUGUUCCAAGCAGUUUUGCCAGUAAAAAUUAAGUGUAUUUUCAGAAAAUAAAUACAAAGGGAAACAAACAACAGACGUCAAUAAAUCUAAGCAAAUACACAAGAUUCUGUGGUGGUAUUUGCUCAGUUCUACAUAAGAGAAAAUGAAUUGAACUAAUCUUCAGAAUAUAUUGUACAGUUUAUGCUUUAUUAUUGCUUAAAAUGUGAAGCUUCCUCAGGAAGAAUAAAAUAGAUAUUUCAGUGUUUAUAGAUGUACUAUUCUUCUCAUUCAUAUUGAAUGAAAAUUGCUGGAAAUGUGUUUUCUCAAAUUUUUUAAAUAAAAUAAAACUAGACAUUAUUCCAAUAGUGGCAUGAUUUCUGAUGUGCAACAAUAAACUCUGAUAAGAAAA